AUGUCAGUGUAUGCUGAGUUCGUCCAGACACACAGACCCUCUGGGGAGUACAUGUUUGAGUUUGAUGGGGAUGAGCAGUUCUAUGUGGACCUGGAUAAGAAGGAGACUGUCUGGCAUCUCCCAGAUUUUAUUCAUGCCUUUGACUUUGAUGCUUGGAGGGGUAUUGCUGACAUUGUCAUGGCAAAGAAGAACUUGAACAGCCUGAUCCAACGGUCCAACCACACCAGGGCCACAAAUGAGCCACCUGAGGUGACCGUGUUUCCCAAGGAGCCUGUGGAGCUGGGACAACCAAAUACUCUCAUCUGUCAUGUGGACAAGUUCUUCCCACCUGUGCUCAAUGUCACAUGGCUGCGCAAUGGGCAGAUGGUCACUGAAGGUAUAGCUGAGACCAUCUUCCUGCCCAGCACAGAAUUUAGAUUCCACAAGUUCCACUACUUAACCUUCCUUCCCAUGGCUGAAGAUGUCUAUGACUGCAAGGUGGAGCACUGGGGCCUGGACCAGCCGCUCCUUCAGCACUGGGAGGCCCAGGAGCUGAUCCAGGUGCCCGAGACGAAGGAGACUGUGGUCUGUGUCCUGGGUCUGGUGGUAGGCAUGGCGGGCAUCAUCACUGGCAUCAUUGUCCUGAAGACCAGGCAGCCUGACCAUCCCUGGGUGCAGGGGCUCCUGUGA